CAUCAAAAGCAUUGGGUAUCAUUUUCCUGACUUCCUCUCUGACAGGAGUCAAAACCCUGCUUGUAAAUGGCGUCCUUCAGCCGCGCUCGCAUUGUUGUGGUUGAGUCUCUCCACGGCGGCUCUUUGCACUCCAAGCUGACCAGCAGGCGUCCACCGCUGGCUCGCGCACCCAUCGCUGCUCCGCCGGCUAGGAGCGCGCAUGUGGCUCGCGCGUCGACCGACGACUUGUCAAGCUCCGAGGACGAGUAUGCGAUUACAGCGGACACUAUUGCUUGGAACGCGACGCACAUGAAAGCGCUUCGUCAACGCAUUCAGAAGGUCCGCGCCGCCGAGGUUGUGGCCCAGAGCGGCGACUCCAAGCCCCAGCUCACCGGCGACGACGAGGUCGACUAUGCCGCGCUCAACCAGUGGCACGAAGAGCAGUGGUCUCGACUGCACGCCACACAACAGAGCCCCUGGGAUGAUGAGAUCGGCCACUUCGGCAUGUCCUCCUAAGCUGCCAGGUGCUAAAGUACAAUAUGCUUGCCUGGUCUGGGACAGCUACUCCCAGGAGUGGUGUGCAGAGCGGCCGGCCUUUCGUAUUACGAGUGUGCUAGCGCCAGUGCCUAGCAGCCGGCCUGACUAGCGUGGGCCGCGCCGGACGGUUGUAGCCGAGCUGUGAUGAGGCCGAGGCAGGUUGUGGAGCGACCGAGUGCUGCCCUAUAAGUUGAGCGCCCGUGCAAGUCUGGUCGACGGACGCUUGUGUACGGUAGGAGCGGCGAGGAGUGCUGAGCGACGCGCAGUCCUCGCUACGAGACGGCUGGCAGCGGCCGUGAGUGACACGGGCACAGAGAGUGGUGAAGAAAUACCUUCCUUGUGCUCAAGCUAUUAGUGAGUUCGCCAGGUUUGGAAGAAUGCAUUGUGUGACUGCGAUGCGGUAAGAUAUUGUUUAUACGUGUGGUCAGUCUGUAUGCAACCUUCCUGAAGUCAGGUGGCGUACGUGCCCAUCCACCGCCAGCGGCGCAUGUGGUUUUCCAUGCGCAAGCUGAUCGCAUGCGAGCUGUUUCUGAGUGCAGACAGAUGAAUGCGUUUGGGAGAGACAUUGCUGGGGAUGGUACUAGACGGAUGCCUCUAGUGACGUCUAGGGCUUGGGGGUGAAGGAUAUCAGAGAUUAGAACUGCCGAUCUAAGGCACCUGUACUUGUUUCCUGCUGCUGUCCGCCAUUACCCCUAAUGAUGGUCACGCCUGUGUAUUACUUGGCUGAAACGGCUGCAUCAUUGAAGAUGGGGCCCCAGUUUUGGUUGACUCGGCAGGCUCGCAUGGCCGCAACCCGUACUGCCAAGAGCGUCGAUUGAUAGUUUGUAUCCGAGUGGUGCGAGAGUUUUCCCUGAUUGAGCUUUCCCUGAGCUUAUGGGUAGACGCUUGUGGCUUCAGACUGAAGACGUGGCGUGGGCUCAGCCCACUUCUCCCUUGCGAAGGAAAACCAUCCUUUCUUGUCCCUAGUGAGUGUGUUCUUGUCCCUAGUGAGUACUUGAGCCCCCGGAGCGCAGCAAUUCAGAGAGCCGCGUUUCAUGUCCCUGCGUGCAUCACGUACACCACCGCUCACGGCUUUGCUGUAAGAGUCUUUCGUGUCUUUUGUGGUAUGAAAAGUAGUGUAAUGUAUGUCCAAGGACAGCUCCGACUACGGUAUACGGCAUCCCAGCCCCCCUUAGCCGUACUGAAGUCGGGGCGUAGUUUGAUGGGCAGCUGCGCGAGUGGGAGCUGGAAGGUUGCCCAGGGCUGGACGUGCAUGGACAGCAUGGUAGUUGGCGCGCGUUGGGUGGCUGCGCGAGUGGGAGCGGGUAGUUGCGCGGGCGGACGGCAGGGAAGCUGCGACUGGGGGCUGGAUGCUGUUGUGUGUGGUUACAAGGUGGUGAGUACGACGUGCAUUCCUGUCCUUGUAGAAACCUGUGGAUGCUGUUGGAUGGCGCGCGGCGCGGCUGGAAGCGGACAGUUGCGCGCGGCGCUGGCUGGUAAAAGAUGCUGUGUGCCGCGCUGGCUGCUGGCGUAAGGAUCAGAGGGAACCACCACACGUUGCAGCAACAGCAGCGCAUCACUGUGACAAGUUCAUGGACAAUG